AAAAUCGGUAGUGCAAACAACAAGAACGAAAACAAUUGCCAGCUGUAGAACGUAAACAAAGAAACAAUCUUCCACUCGAGGCGAGUCUGUUCCUGCUGCGGCAAGCCAUGAGCCUACUGGCUAGAACGGAUAUCGACGCUGGGGGAUUCUUCGUCAACUUCAACCAGGAUUGUUCAUCUUUAGCAGUGGGCUCGAAAAAUGGAUAUAGCUUGUUUUCGUUGAACUCGGUCGAUUCGAAUCUGGACCAGAUCUACACGAGCUACGGCGAGGAUAUCUGUCUAGUCGAGCGUCUCUUCAGCAGCUCUCUGGUUGCUGUCGUAUCGUUGAAUGCACCACGAAAACUCAAGGUUUGCCACUUUAAAAAGGGAACGGAAAUAUGCAAUUACUCGUACUCGAACACCAUUCUGGCGGUCAAACUGAACCGAUCCCGACUGGUCGUUUGCCUGGAGGAAAGCCUCUAUAUACACAACAUACGCGACAUGAAGGUGGUGCACACGAUACGCGACACACCGCCCAACAAGACGGGUCUGUGUGCACUUGCCUCGGACUCGGACCACUGCUAUCUGGCCUACCCGGGCAGUGCGACCGUCGGUGAGGUUCAGAUCUUCGAUGCGGUAAAUCUGCAUGCGAAAAUUAUGAUCCCGGCGCACGAUUCGCCCCUGGCGGCUAUCGCCUUCAGCCAGGUUGGCACGGAAAUUGCGACGGCCAGCGAGAAGGGCACGGUCAUCCGGGUAUUUUCGGUGAGCGACGGUACGAAGCUGUUCGAGUUCCGGCGCGGAGUCAAGCGUUGCGUCUCGAUAGCGUCUCUGGCGUUCAGCACCUGCUCGAAGUAUCUGUGCUGCAGCUCGAACACGGAGACGGUGCACGUGUUCAAACUGGAGCGCAGCACGCCCGAAACCAGCGAUGAUCAGGGCGCCAAGGAUCACUGGUAUGGGUACAUCAGCAAGGCAGUGUCGAGCUACCUGCCAAUGGCCCUGCCAUCCCAGGUGACGGAUGUGUUUACCCAGGGGCGCGCUUUUGCGUCGGCGUUGCUACCCGUGGCUGGACUGCGACAUUCCUGUGUCAUCACCACGAUUCAGAAGGCUCUAAGAAUGUUGGUAGCAUCCCAGGAUGGAUAUUUCUACGUUUACCAACUACCUACGGAAGGAGGUGAGUGUCAGCUCAUCAAAAAGCACGAUCUCCGGAACAUCGAACCACCACCGAAUCCACCGAGAGCGGAGUCAGUUCCCAUCGGUGUCCCCACAGUCGUACCAUCCGGAGGGACGAGUUACGCAGCGACCGUGCGUGGAACUUCCGGCUCUAGUGCCGGCAGUGGGGGCGCUGGCUCUGUAGACGAUGAUCACCAAGGCCAUCAACAGCAGCAGCAAUAAGAUCAUCAAGCGGGAUGUUCGCAAGCGUUAUGAUUCGGCAGUUUGCUCACCAUGGUCACGGUUAUCACGAACGCCGCUCUCUUUAUUUUCGGUUUCAAUUCAAAUGGGUUCCGUUGAAGAUCAGCCGGGUGUUACUCUACCUUCGUGAGCGAGAAGCUAUACACGGAACAGUUUGUAGUGAAACGUUUCCACAUUUCGGGCUGUAAAAUAUGCUGGAUUAGAUGCAUGCAUCGAUAAACCGUUAAGCUUACCAUACACUUCAACUUUAGAAUAAUGCUUUCUCUUCAAAAGUAGGAAACGAGCCUAUGCCAGUUUAAAAUCACACAGUAUGAUGAUUUUAAGCAUUAAACAUCAUAGCUCUUACUCUCUCCACGAACUCGUAAAGUUUAAAUGCAUCUAGCUUGUCUCGUUUGUUGCGGGCCAACCAUAGGUCCCGUCACUUUCCUUUCCCUUUCCUCGCUUGGAGGAAUAGAAUAAUUGUGAUAGAAACCCAACUAAAAACACAUGGGAACCCUAUGCGUGCAUAGCUUCCCAAAGAACGGCCUGAUGGGAAGUAAAUGUAAAAUAAAAUAAAAUGGAAAACUAUAUUUGCAUAUUCAGUUUAAUUCAAAAGUAUAGAGAACGUUGCUUCACGACAAAGCUUACCCUUAGCCGGAUAUGCUGACGUGGUUCACAUUCUUGUAAUUAGGCAGCGCUACAAGGAAAAGAAUAUGAACAACAGUAAAACUUAAACAAAUAUUAUACUACUACUAGUAUUGCUGGUAGUGUCCAUAAAUCGUUUUUUUUAUCUUCCACUAGAGUAUCAAUCAGAUUUCUUUUCGACUUAGGAGAAUACAAAUUUAAGACUUGAGAAAAAAAAAUUAAACUGAUAAUGUGUUUUUUUUAUAAUUUAACAGAGCGUGAAGCAAAAGCUUCAUAGCAGUAAGGAGGAAUUUAAUGGCAGACAGAGUCACAGUGACGAAUAUAUAAACACACACAUUAAUUCAAACAGGUACAUGUCAAAAUAAAGACGAAUGAAAAUGUAACUUUCAAAGAAGCGCUUCAGCAAGUGAGAAUACGGAAAAAAGUAUAUUUGAAUGUAAGCUUUAGAUGAUUCAAUUGCAGCGUAUAUAAGGAUAGUAUAUUUUGGUGCGACCAAACAGGCAGCAGGAGAAAAUCCUGAAAGUAAACCGGUGUGGAUUCUUUCUAAAGAACGGGUUUGUUUCCAGCAUGUCUUUCUUAGUAGUCUGUGCGUUUAUUAGAAACAGCUGCGUCCACGUUAAGCGCAGGCCAGACGCGAUCUGUAGACCGAUCAGCCGAAACCGUUGGUGGAACUGAGUUGUACUUGAUUUAUCGAUAGUAAGUAAGAACAAAUAUUGAUCAA